AUUCAUAUCAAAUCAUCAAUCAUAUCAAAAUUCAUGUAAAAGAAUCAACUAAAGAAAAUAUCCAUUUCAUUUUCACAUCUCAUUUUCAGAAAAUCCUAAAACUUUCGUUAACAUGCCUGUAAGAACAGAUUUUCCAGCUCCAAACAAAUACAAUUUACCUUCAGUAAUAGGAUAUCCGAAACAUGACGUCUCCAAAUAUAGAUAUCCUAAUUAUACAAUGGCUCCGAAAUUACCACUCAUUGGUAAAACCCUUGGUCCUGGACCUAAAUAUUAUCCAGAGAGAUAUACUCGCGUAGGGAGAGUUACCGCUCCUAAAUAUUCAAUUAAAUCCAGAGCAAAACCGCUAACUCAGUUUGUGGGCCCAGGUGCUAAUGCUUAUCAUCCCGAACUAUCUCCUCGAAUGAAAGAUCAGAGACCACCAUGUUAUACAAUUAAAUCAAGGAGACCACCUCUUAAAGGAUUUGCAACACCAGGUCCCAAAUAUGCCCUUCCAACUACAUUAGGGUGUCAUGUUCCAGAUGUAUAUGAAAGACCAUGUUACACCAUGCGUCCAAAGUUGCCAUAUCUCCAAGGUGACAAGACUCCAGGACCUAAGUAUCUAGGAAUAGAUACAAAUAUAUUCAAACAAAAACCACCAAUAUACACAAUGCGGCCAAAAUUACACAUCCCGCAACGAUCAAAAUCCCCAGGUCCUAAAUAUUAUCCGCAAUUACCUAAAUGUGUUCAAACUAAUAAAAGAGGAUGGUCAUUUGGAUUAAAAAUAUGGAAAACAGACCCUUACUAUAUGCCAAAAGAUUUAGAGUCAGGAUGCUAAUGGAAGUUUUAUGAAAAGUUUCAUUCAUUUUUAAAGUGUUAUCUCCAUUUUAAUUAUUUCCCAUUUAUUAAUACUUGUUAUAUAGUCCAUGUAAGGCCGCUCCCUUAGGAAAAAAUUUUCUGAUUCGGUUUCUUUGCGGAUUCCUGUUAAAAAAUAUCCUUUAUAUAAAUCUCAAAGGUGCCGGGCGAAAAUUUUGGCAGAAAUUGCUUAAACAAGUUUUUUAAAUAAAUUCCAAAAAUUAUCUUUUUUUCACCGGAUUAAACAUUCAAUUUCAAUAUUCUGAAGAGUAAUCGGGCUUAUUUCAAUUUAGACCAUUGUGUUUUAAUUGUUAAUUAUGCGAUUGCACUCGAUUUUUAAGCCACCGCGGUGCGCCGUACUUCCUGGUACGUCUCUGUCGCACUUAUACAUAUACGUACUUACGCGAAAAAUUACCAACAAAUAAAAUUUAUGGAAAUAAAUAUAGUUGUACUAAGUCUUAUGAUUAUCUUCUGUACAAUUAGACACACAAUAAAUUUCAAAAGGUAUCAUUAUUUUUAAAAGUCUAAUAAUAAUUUCAUAAAGUAGGUACUAUAAGUUUCACUUUCAAUUUACGGCAAAAAUUAAUUAUAAUAAAUUAUAAAUAAUUUAAUAACUUAAUAUUUUAGUUAUUUAAAAAUAAAGUAAAAUUUGGAAAUUAAGAAUUACCAAAUUUUAAUAAAUAUCAAGUAUUACCUAUAUAAUCAUAUUUUUAUUUACUAUUUAUACAAAUAAAUAUGUAUAUAUUCAAUAGAAAGUAUUUUGCAUCGAUCAC